GGUGAAUAUUGCAAAGAAGUAGACACUGUUAUUUUAAAAAAAGCUUGGUUACCAGACGAAGAUAAUAUAGAAUAUGUACCAAUUGAUACAGAGUUUAACUUUGAAAUCAGUCCAAACUCUUCAGUUGAUAAAGGACCUUGUUUUCAAAAGGACAAUUACCGCUUUGGGAAAUGGAUAAAAAUAAAAUCUACAGAUUUUUCGACUAAAAACUUUUUUUUCACAAUUACAAAACCAGAACAAGACAGAGUGGACGUCUUUUUUGAUGGCACCUACUCGCAAAGAAACUUCACCAAUUAUCAGUGUAGAGUACAUUACUGGCUGAACACAUCUCAAUUUGAAGUUUCUGGUCAGUUCCCCAAAAUUUCUCCUUUCCCUGAUGAUACUGAAAAUGUAAUACCUUUUGAUGUUUACUUUUUUGUAUCAGUGAGAGGAUUCCAAACGGUAAAUGUGACUAUCAAAUUCUGGCAAAAAGACCUCCAUCUAUGGCCAUAUACCUAUGAAUUUUCACAAAGUGAUUUGGACUAUUUAGCAGAAGAUUUGUCUCGAAAAUACGUUAAGACAGUUCCUGUAGAAACACUUGGUAAUUAUGUGGUAACACCAUGCACCCCCUAUUUAUAUAUGAAGGCAGUCUUUUUCACAUUGACUCUGAACUCGACAUACUCUGUUUUGGUGAGUACUAAAAAGCAAAAUCGAGUGACUAAUAUGGUUGAAAUGAUAUCAAAUAAAGUUGAUGGGAAGUUCGUUUAUUCAUGUGCGGAGAUAUGGGGAGGAGUGCCUGUUGGUAUGUUUGCUGACGAAAUUCAAAAUGGAAUUUUAGUCCGAAUCAAAGGUGAUGACCGUCCCGGUGUUCGUGAAUUUGCAAUACUUUCUGAUGAUCACCAAACGGACAGUGAGAUGGAAAUUAGUGUUGUUUGUCCGAACCACUGUCAUGAAGAUUUGGGAAAUGGGUAUUGUUAUGCAAGUGAAGGUAAGUGUGUAUGUAACCCUGGAUACGGUGGUGAUGAUUGUCAUUUGUUAUGUUAUUACAACGAUAAAUGGCAAGUUAAUGAUUACAACGAUUUGUGUUACUUUGGAGAAAGUGGGUGUGAUCAAUACUGUAAAUGCCAAGAAGGAUAUGCUUUAAAAAACCACUUUUGUGUCUCUGUAGAAUGUAUAAAUGGAGGUAUUGGGUUUGGUGAUGAAUGUAUAUUAGGUACAGAAGGUUGUCAAGACAAUUGUCAUUGUAAUGUUGAUUCCGGAUACAUCACCACCAUGAAUUCAAAAUGCAAGUUGGCAACAUGUGGAAAUGGUAAAAUUGACUUUGACGACAAUUAUUACAAUACGGUGACAAAACUAAAUUCAAAAGAAGAGUGUGAUAAUGGGACAAAUUGCAACAAAUUCUGUAAAUGCAAUUAUUCCACUGGAAUAUUUGGCUAUCGUUUUUGCGCUACAUUUGCAGAGUGUGUUUUUAUAUCAUUGUGUUCAUAUAUAGUGCAUGAAUACAA